CCGGAAGUUAGUCGAACGAAAGCUGUUUGCUGUUUAGCUUAUGAAAUAAUGGAACAAAUAGAGUGAAUCAUUUACUCAGUUGUGCAGUUGUAAGCCAUGGCUCAGACUGAGAAGAAAGCAGGUCUGCUGAGGAGAGCCUCCUCUAAGAAACCACUGAAGGAGAAGGUGGUGCUCAUGUAUGAUGAGAUAUUUGCGAAAGAAGACCCUAAUAAGAGCAAUCCUCGCUUCUGGGAUGAGCUCUUUCUGAUGAAGGUGAAUCUUGAGUAUUUGGAAGGGAAGCUGGAGUCUCUGGAUGGUGAUGAAGUGAUGAAAAUCAAAGACAACAUCAACAGUUUGUUCCAUCACUGUGUUCAAGCCCUGGCCGAGGAGCACCAGAUCAAAGUAGUCAAUGCACUUCAGACUCUGUGCGCACUGUUUCGAGGAGUUCACCAAAAGAACAAAUCCGCCACAGGCUUUGACAUCAUCAACAUGCUGAUGGGCUUCGACAAAGCUGAACUCAGAAUGAAGGAGCUGAUGGAGAGUCUGGACAGUCUGCUGUGUGGUGACGGAUCAGAGAGUCUGAAGAGUUUAUGUUUGAAGCUGCUGCUGUGUCUGGUCACUGUGACAGAUAAUAUCAGUCAGAACACCAUACUGGAGUAUGUGAUGAUCAACAGUAUAUUUGAGGCCAUUCUGCAAAUUCUGUCUGAUGUGUCCAGUCGAGCACAGCAUGGCUAUGAUUCUGUGGUCCUUUUAGCUCUUCUGGUCAAUUACAGGAAGUAUGAGUCUGUGAAUCCUUACAUUGUGAAACUGUCAAUAGUGGAUGAUGAGCCAACUCUGGAUGGCAUGGGAAUGGUCAUCCACCAUGCACUUACAGAAUACAAUAGGCAGUAUAAAGACAAAGAGGAGGAAAGCCAGGGAGGGUUUUUCUCCACUCUUACCAGCAUGGUGGGCAGUAUGUUUAUUGCUGAUGCAGACGAAAAGCUGUCAGUGCAGACUAAUGAAGCCAUCCUGCUCGCUCUGUAUGAGGCCGUACAUCUCAACAGAAACUUCAUCACGGUUCUCGCACAGAGCCAUCCAGAGAUGGACAUGACAUCAACAGCAGUUACGCCUAUCCCAGCCUCUCCUACAACUCCACUAGGCACUACACCUCCCUCUCUGGACAUGAUGAAUAAUCCUGAGCUUCCUCUGGACCCAAACUUGCAGACCAGUAAUCUUCUUAUAACCUUCCUUAAAUAUUCCUCCAUCAUCAUGCAGGACACCAAAGAUGAGCACAGACUCAACAGUGCCCGAUUGUGCCUCAUCAUCCUGACCUGUAUAGCCGAGGAUCAAUAUGCCGAUGCCUUUCUGCAUGAUGAUAACAUGAACUUCAGAGUUAACUUACACAGAAUGCCCAUGAGACAUCGCAAGAAAGCUGCAGAUAAGAACGUCCCCUCUCGACCUCUAGUGUGUGCAGUGCUUGAUCUGAUGGUAGAGUUUAUCAUCACUCAUAUGAUGAAGGAAUUUCCCAUGGAUCUCUAUGUGCGCUGCGUUCAAAUUAUUCACAAACUGAUCUGCUACCAGAAGAAGUGCAGAAUUAGACUGCAUUACACCUGGAGAGAACUCUGGUCAGCUCUCAUUAACCUUCUGAAGUUCCUGCUGUCUAAUGAGACUAGCCUUCUGGCAAAACACAAUAUCUUCCAGCUGGCACUUCAGGUUGUGAACCUCUUUAACAUGUUCAUCACAUAUGGAGACACGUUUCUGCCCACCCCCAGCAGUUAUGAUGAGCUUUAUUAUGAGAUUAUUCGCAUGCAUCAGGUUUUUGAAAACCUCUACUGCAUGGUGCUGAGAGUCUCCACCAACACAGGCCAGUGGAAAGAACCCGCAAGUAAAGUUACUCAUGCUCUAAUCAAUGUUAGAGCAAUUAUUAACCAUUUUAACCCUAAGAUUGAGUCCUAUGCUGCUGUGAACCACAUCUCCCAGCUCUCAGAAGAUCAGGUACUGGAAGUGGUACGGUCAAACUACGACACACUAACUUUGAAGUUGCAGGAUGGUCUGGAUCAAUUUGAGCGUUACUCUGAGCAGCCCAGAGAGGCCGCCUUCUUCAAGGAGCUGGUACGCUCCAUCAGUCUGAACGUGAGAAAAAACGUGUCUCUAAACACCAUGAGUCAGGACGUCCUGCUGAAGGAAUUCUCCUAUAUUUCCUGAAAGAACCAGAACUAUCACCUGUGUUUAGGACUCUUCCAUACUGACACACGUACAAAAACACCCCACACAUCUGAUACUUCUCAGUGUUACAUCAGAAUUGACAGUGGACUAUACUGGAUUUGAUCACCAGGCUGUAUUGUAGAUGGAGUGCGUGUGUGUGAACAGACUUGUAUUUGCUCAACAAAGCAAUCAGCCAAACUUUGCACAAUUUGAGUUUUGUUUUCGACUAACCGUUAUUUCUUUUCCUAAUAUUUUCUCUUUCUUGACGGCCUGGUGCUUUCUCUGUUGAUUAUACUGUAUGUUCUCAUCGCCUUACUACCAAUCUGAUGAAACCCAUUGUGCUCUGCACAUGAAAAUCAGACUUAUUUUAUUUUCUAUAUACCUCUGAGAAUGUUUGGUUUCCAGUAGAGUGGAUGCAAACAAAUGAACACAUUGCGGGCAAAUUUCAGAAAGAACUGUCUACCCCAUUUAACCCCAAAUCAAAAUAAAGAAAUAAGAAGUUAUAUUUUACAUAAAGUAAAUUAAGCCUAUUUUAUGGCCAUUAAGAUGUUGCAUUUUGACAUUAUUUUCUUGAGAAUAAUGCACAAUUUCUCAUCAAAUUCUUAUUGCGGUAAUGCAAAAAACUCAAUAUCAUUACUGCAGUACAGUAAUGACAAUCAUACUGUCCAGAUAAUUAUUUUGUUAAUUUAAAUCAACAUCAGUGCAACAAACACUACCAUGAUUUUUACAUACAGUUGCACUUUAUAUAUGUACUUUGCAAUUUAAAUAAUAUUCUGGUAACACUUUACUAUAAGGUUGUAUUCAUUAGGUUGUAACAUUAGUUAAAAUGUUAGAUGUUAAAUGAACAAAAAAUAAAAUAAAAAACAGCAUUUUUAUUUAUUUUGGUUACUACAUAUUACUA